AUGGAUCAGGUUUAUAACGAGACAACAAAGAUUAGGCGCGAGAGAUUGGGUGGCCUUUCCCCUAUGCGGUGGACAUUGAUAGAAGCUGACCGUCUUGGCUACUUCAUUGGGGUUGAUUUUGAUGAUGACCGUUGUGUUACUAGACUCUUCCUUUGA